GAUUGAGAGUUGGAUCUGCUCUUGUUGCCGUUGUGGCAUUUUUCACCAGAGCUUAGCAAGAACUUGCUUCCACAUUCGUUGCGCGCGAGCCUUUGAUCCGCACUGAGCUAGCUGUCUUCCGUCCGAGCCGAAGCGAACGAGAUGCACUUGUUCGGAAUGGUUUGCGUGCUCUUGACGAGCGCCCUGUGCAGCGAGGCCGCAAGAUGGCGCUCCACACGCGGCAGACACUUUGUGCAUAGAGGUCACAGGACUCCUGCUUGGAGCAGAGAGACUUCGCCGACUGCACAGUGGUUCAGGCAGGAACUCGACCACUUCAACGCGACGAACACCGCCACUUGGAACCAGAAGUACUACGUGAGCAAGCGGCACCACCGCAGCGGGGGGCCCGUCUUCCUGUACAUCAACGGCGAGGACGCGGCCGACCCGGGCUGGUUCGAGAACGCGGCGUGGAUGGAGUACGCCGAGGAGUUCCACGCCCUGUGCUUCAUCGUGGAGCACCGCUUCUACGGCGACAGUCGCCCGACGAGAGACCUCAGCGUGGAGCACCUGCGCUACCUGAGCAGCGAGCAGGCCCUCGCAGACUUCGCGGCCUUCGUGCGCGGCAUGCAGACCAAGUACAGCCUGCCGGCGAGCACCAAGUGGGUGGCCUUCGGGGGCUCGUACGCCGGGGCGCUGGCCGCCUGGCUGCGCCUCAAGUACCCGGACCGCGUGCACGCCGCCGUCUCGUCCAGCGGCACCCUGCUCGCCGUCGCCGACUUCCAGGAUUUCUACGGUACGGUAGUUUCAAGUCUGUCGACGUCUGGCGAGGGCUGCGUGGAAGCUAUUCAAAGUGCUACAACGGAAAUGAGCUCCUUGCUGGGUAGCAGUGGUGGACAGGAGUCGGUGAAGAAGUUAUUCGGGAUGUGCAGCGGGUUCGACGCGGGCAGCCUGCUCGACGCGGGCAGCCUGUACUGCGUCCUGGCGGACGGCGUGGCAGACGUGGUGCAGGACAACAACAACGACAAGCCGUCCUGGGACUCGUCCAGCACCGACGUCGACGCCAUGUGCCGCGUCAUGACCAACGCCUCCGUGGGCUCGCCGGCGCAGCGCUACUCCGCGCUCACCGCGCUCACCACGGGCUCCGGCGAGGACGACUGCGCGGACUACUCCUACAGGAGCACGGUGGACUACGUCCUCGACACCGCCUGGGGGGGCGCCGGCGACGGGGACCGCCAGUGGAUGUACCAGACGUGCACCGAGUUCGGCUUCUUCGGGACGUCUUCUCUGGCGCCACAUGUUUUUGGCGACAAAUUUCCUUUGGAGUACUUCGUCCAGCAGUGCUCAGACGUGUUCGGCUCCAGGUUCAACGCCACUUCACUGAACGCGGGAGUGAAGCGUACCAACAAGAUCUACGGGGGACGGUCCAUCCAAGUUUCCAAUGUCGUGUUUGUUCAAGGAUCCAUCGAUCCAUGGCACACACUAGGAAUUACUCACAGCAAUUCAAAUUCAAGUCCUGCCAUAUUCAUAAAAGAUACGUCGCACUGCGCAGACAUGUUAGGCACCUCCUCCACAGACCUGCCUCAGCUGACUGCGGCGCGCGCUCAGAUCCGCGGGUACCUCAGGCAGUGGCUGAGCGCCUAGCCUCAGGACAAACCCCCCCCCCCCCCCCCUCCAGCAACCAGCCACGAGUCCGUCACUGCCGCGAUGCUGUCGUCGGGCGAAAUCGUGUUAUCGAAAUAAAUGUUUACAUACAACUGUC